CUGUUCUGUGAAAAGAGUGGGGACUGUUUCGAUUCGAUCCAUUCAUUCGUUGUUGCAUUCUGCACUGAUAAUCAGGUGCUGUCUAUCUGUCAAGAGCAUUAUUUGCAAAUCAUCGUCAAGAUUUCGUCGUCACAGCAGGAAAACUCUUCGUCGACCACCAUGGUUUGGCUACCCCUAGAAUCCAAUCCAGAUGUUAUGAACAAAUUCUUGGAAAAGAUGGGUGUUUCAUCAGCCUGGAAACUUAUAGAUGUGUUUGGCUUGGAUUCAGAGGCUUUGGCCUGGGUGCCCAGACCUGUGCUAUCUGUAAUUUUACUGUUCCCAUGCAGUGAGAAGUACUAUGAGUAUUCUCUUAUUCAGCAGAAGGAAAUUGAGCAGAAGGGUCAAGAGGUGUCUCCUGAUAUUUUCUAUAUGAAGCAAUUGAUUUCCAAUGCUUGUGGCACUAUUGCACUUAUCCAUAGCAUUGGAAACAACAUUGAUAGAUUGGAUAUAAGCAAUGAUAUUGUUAAAUCAUUGUUUGCUGACGCAAAGAAUUUGUCUCCCAUUGAAAGGGGAAAUUUACUACAAACUGCUGCCGUUGGUCGCGAUGCUUUGCAUAUCGCCAACAUGCAUCAGGAGUUAGCCAAAGAAGGUCAAACCGAAUUGAAUCCCAAUGAGCAAGUGAAUCAUCACUUCGUGACUUUCGUUCACAAGGACGGUGUUCUGUAUGAACUGGAUGGAAGAAAAGAGUUUCCUAUCAAUCAUGGGGCCACAACUCCUGAUACUCUCUUAGAGGAUGCCGCCAAGGUGUGCAAAGACUACAUCCAAAGGGAAUCCGACGACGUCAACUUCACGGUGAUGGCGUUGACCGCAGCCGAAUCUUAAGAGGAAAUCUUCGAGAAACGGGCACUCGCAUUUCUAGAUUUUGUUGAAAAUUUUCGUUCAUUCUUCGUACGGCUUCGCUGACCUACAGCCUAAAGGAGUUGAUGAUUCAUCUAAUUCAUUAAUGAUUUUUUAUAUAAAUAUAUUUAUUAAAUAGCAGAUGCACGUGCAUUCGAAUUAUUUUUAC